UUUGUGCGCAUGCGGAAGAAUAAUCUCGCGUUAUGAUGGCUCAGAAAGGAGCAAUAAAUGAUCGUCUUCUCUUAUUUUUAAUCAUUGGUGUUGUAUUUUUACAUUUGUUUAUGUGUCCCUACACCAAAGUUGAGGAAAGUUUUAAUUUACAAGCGAUUCAUGAUGUUCUCUACCACAGGUUUGAUUUUGAAAAGUAUGAUCAUCAUGAGUUUCCUGGUGUGGUUCCCCGCACUUUUCUUGGACCACUGUUCAUUUCAGCGCUCAGUGCACCAGUGAAUUGUGUUCUCACCUUCCUUCAAGCACCAAAGUUUUACACUCAGAUCCUUGUGCGAGGAGUUCUUGGACUGUGUGUGGUUCUGACACUCUGGCGGAUGCAGAGAGAGGUGUGGAGACAGUUUGGGUCACUGGUGGCCUGUUUGUUUUGCUUCAUCUGCACCUCACAGUUCCACCUGAUGUUCUACAGCACCAGAACUCUCCCUAAUGUCUUCGCUCUGCCUAUAGUUCUGCUGGCGUUCACGUCCUGGAUGGCUCAGAGACACUGCCCCUUCAUUUGGCUCUCGGCUUUGGUCAUUAUUGUGUUCCGAUCUGAACUGUGCCUUUUCCUCGGUCUGAUGUUGUUGAUGUCACUCAUGAGCAGAAAACUCAAUUUUCUACAGUUGCUUUACCAUGCCAUACCAGCUGGCAUUUUAUCAUUGGGUCUCACUGUGAUGGUUGACACAGUAUUCUGGAAUAAGCUGCUCUGGCCUGAGGGUCAGGUACUCUGGUACAACACAGUCUUGAAUAAAAGCUCCAACUGGGGAACCUCCCCUUUCCUGUGGUACUUCUACUCUGCCUUGCCUCGUGCUCUAGGCAGCACAAUACUAUUUAUCCCGCCUGGCCUAAUGGACAGACGGACAAGAAAACUGCUCAUCCCAGCUGUAGGCUUCAUUCUGCUGUACUCCUUUCUGCCCCACAAGGAGCUCCGCUUCAUAAUCUACACAUUUCCUGUGUUUAACUUAAUCGCUGCCCGCGGCUGUUCUUUAAUUUUGAACAAUUACCACAAGUCACAGAUGUAUAAAAUUUGGUCCGUAUUUGUGAUAGGACAUUUGAUGUUAAAUGCCGUAUACUCUAGUAUUUCACUGUAUGUUUCGCAUCACAAUUACCCUGGAGGGAAAGCAAUGCAAGAGCUACAUAGAUUAACGCCAGUAGCAGCAGAUGUAUCAUUACACAUCAACGUACUUGCUGCACAAACGGGAGUCUCACGCUUCUUGGAGCUCAACAGUAACUGGAGAUAUGACAAACGUGAGGAUUUGACUCUUGAAGAUCCAAUUCUGAAAACGUAUACCCAUCUAUUAAUGGAAGCAAAUGCAACCAAGAUAUCACUGCUCCAAGACUCUCACAAACCUUUGAUCUUCAUCCCAGGAUACCAAAGCAUUACAUUGGAAUUGUCUAAGUUUCCACCUCUCAGGAUAAAGCUAAAAAACAAGCUUGUGCUUCUAGAAAGACUCUGAAAGACUAUUGAAGACUAGACUAUUAAUUCUAUUAUUCUAUGUGGCCAACCAAAACGGGAACCAAUAAACAUUUCCCAAUUAUUUUUUUUAUUCUGUUAAACAAGGAUCUGUUUAAUUGACAAUGGGUUUAUCUAGAGCAGAGGGAGGGGGGGAUUUCUCGAUGUGUUUUAAUAAAUGUAAAAUAAUACAAAAUGUAAAAAUGCAAUAAUUCUUUCAGAGCAAGAUGUAAGGUUCUUCAUCUGUGGAAAAAUGUUAGGAAGAUAGUUGAGAAUGUAUGUAAAAGUGAUUAAGCAGAUACAAGUGAGUUCUGUUUAGGAUAAGUGAGUUGCUUACAAAUAAUACAUUUGUAUAAUUCACAAAUGUAAGUAUUGGGACUUUGUAGUCAUAGGAUUUAGUUUGCAUCAGGCUUUUCCCUUAUUUUACCAUGGUACUUUCUGCCACAGCACCAUAUUACUACAACUGUAGGCCUACUAUAAAACCAUAAAGUUCAUGAUAACACUUUCAAGUAUAAAGAAGCCUUCAGAAUCUUUUUUUUUUUUUUUUUUUUUUUGACAGUUGGGAACAUGUGACUAAUAGUAAGUAACACAGUUUUAUUAUACUAGUAACAAUAACUGUAGUAACUAUGGCUUUUUUGCCAAAAACUACUGUAUGGUUACCAGUAUACAAGGACUUAAAAAAAUGACCAUGCUUUAUAUUAAGUGAUAUUUUAUUGUGGUUCCAAUUGCAUAUGUUUAUCAGACUAUUAUCAGUUCCAACAUAGACUUUAUUUAUAAUUGCAAUUUGAGAUUGUGCAGUAAAAAAAUGUUCUAAAAUGUGAAAAAAAAAAAAAGUUUUUCUAUACUGCAGGAUUUUUUUUUGUUUUGUUUGUUUUUCAUAAAGAGUAAAGAAAUUAACUGAUAUACACCAAGCAUUUUAUGUCAGGGUAACCUACAAAGUGAUUAAUGUGGUAAUUUUAAGAGUCACAUGAGGUAGAAAUAAAAUUUUUACAGUGAAGCAAA